GCUUCCGGCCGCCGCCGGGGCGGCCCCUCCCUUUCUGCUCGGCGGCCGCGGCCAUCAUGGUCUUCAAACGCUUCGUCGAGAUCGGCAGAGUUGCCUUCAUCUCCUUCGGGCCCCACGCUGGCAAGCUGGUGGCCAUUGUGGAUGUUAUUGACCAAAACAGGGCACUGGUUGAUGGCCCCUGCAGCGGUGUCAGAAGGCAGGCAAUGCCCUUCAAGUGCAUGCAGCUGACUGACUUUGUCCUCAAGUUCCCACACAGUGCUCGUCAGAAGUGUGUGCGACUUGCCUGGGAGAAGGAAAAUAUCAAUGAAAAAUGGGCAGCAACAAGAUGGGCAAAGAAGAUUGAAGCCCGGGAAAAGAAAGCCAAAAUGACUGACUUCGAUCGCUACAAGGUUAUGAAAGCAAAGAGAAUGAGAAACAGGAUUAUCAAGCAUGAAAUGAAGAAGCUCCAGAAGUUGGCUUCCAAGAAAGGCAAGAAGCCGGAGAAGUCAGAGAAGCCGGAGAAGUCAGAGAAGCCGAAGUCAGAGAAGCGAGAGAAGGCGCCAAAGUCGGAGAAGGCGCCGAAGGCACAGAAGGCACAGAAAUAAAAAGAACUUCUGGUCAUGUA